UUUUGCACUUUUUAAAAGAGUCUUAUUUAUUCCUGCAUGAUAAAUUUAGAUCUUAAAUAAUGCAUUAAGAUCAUGGACGACACAGAGAGCACGACAACAUCAGCAGAUGAGAAUACCGAAUAGCCCAGUUAGAACUUAAACAACAAAUAGAUUCAUUGAAUGAAGAACUACAGAAGGUUCGUGAGGCAUUAAAUAACCACCCAGAUCUAGAUCCAUAUGUUAAAAAGCUCAUAGCAUGUAAACAUAAAGUGACAGUUGUGCUAAAUGUCUUGCAAGCUUCCCAGGAUAGACUUAAUGAAAUAAGGCGAAUGAUAAGCAAGGAAAAAUCUGUUGUUACUGUACCACAGUCAAUUCCGGAACCUAAACAAAGUACAAGUGUAGAUAUAUCUGACAUAGGAAGCAUUAAUUAGAAUGGACACACCAUAUCAAAAUCAUAUCGACAAAGAUGAAUUUAAUUAUGUAUAUGAACCUGCAGAGGACAGUUUUCUUCUAAUAGAUGCUUUAGAAAAGGAAAUAGACUUCUUGAGGAAGAAAAAUCCUUUGCUCUGUCUGGAAGUUGGUUCAGGAAGUGGGGUUGUAAUAACAGCUUUUGCUAUGGCAUUUCCACAUUGUCUGUGUUUUUGCACAGACAUUAAUCAUAGGGCAUGCUUGAUGUCUCAAAGCACUGCAUCACAUAACAAGGUUUUUCUGGAAUGUGUGAAUAUGAAUUUAGUGACCUGUUUUGUUGACAAGAAGUUUGAUGUACUGAUCUUUAAUCCACCAUAUGUUGAAACAGAAUCCAAUGACUGUCUGUCUAAUGGCAUAGAAGCAAGCUGGGCAGGUGGAAUCAAGGGCAGGGAAAUAACUGACAAAUUACUUGAUAUGGUCCCAAAAAUAUUGACAGAUGAUGGUAUCUUCUAUCUCCUUCUAAUUAAGGAAAAUAUUCCAGAAGAGGUCAAGGAUAUAAUGUUACAAAAAGGCUUUCAAGCAAAUUUAGUACUUGAGAGAAAGGUUAAAAAUGAACACCAGAUAGUAAUAAAAUUUUAUAGGUAGAUAAUCAUACUAUAACAACAUUUAUUAGAGUAUUAAAUAUAUUCUUUCUUAAAACUUUGUAAAUUAAAAUUUAUAUUGUAAAUUGAUUUCUUAGUGUAGCCUUACAAUAAUAUAAGUAUAUAGUACACAAUAUUUUUAUAAAAUAAAAUAAGCUUUAAGUAA